UAAUGAUGAUUAUAAUGAUUACAAUAGUGAUUACGAUAAUGAUCUCGAUAGUGAUUAUGAUAAUGGCUAUUAUAGUGAUUACGAUAAUUAUUAUGAAGAUAAUGAUUUUGAUGAGAAGGAUAAUUUUGACAAAGAGGAUAACGAGAAUACUUUUGGAAAAGGGAAUACUUUGGGAAAAGGGAAUACUUUUGGAAAA